AUGGCUGCGCUUGUGGAGGCGGAGCGGAUGGAGAGGGAGAAGGCGCUGGUCGAGGCACAGCAGCGGGUGAAUAUGUUGAGGGAGACGGUGAGAGUCAUGGCAAACCGGCAGGUAACGCUGAUGAGCAACAAACGACGACUUGACAUCUCCACGAAUGAGUUGACACGUCUCGCCGCAGAUCACCGCGUGUACGAAAGCGUCGGCCGUGUGUUUUUGCGCACGCCGGUGAACGCAUUGAUAGAGAAGCAGACGGCGCAGGCUGAGAGCUGCGAGGCGGAGGGAACACGUCUCUCGAACGAGAAAAAACGCGUGACGGAGCAGCUGAAGAAGGAGGAAGCGCAGCUGCGCGAGGCUGCCGAGACGUACGUGGCUGAGAUGAACGCAAGACAACGCCAACGCCAGUAG